CCCUGGAACCCUCAAAGCAGCAACGCCCCUCGCUAUAAAUUUGGAGCUGCCUCUUAGAGGAUGAUUCCAGCCCCUGUCAGCCCAGGGCCCCAGGCAGUGGACGACUGAGCGCCUGGGCGGACACACGACGAGCAGCUCUGCCGGCCGCGGCGGCGACUCAUGGGGAGGAACCCGGCCAGACCCCGGGAGUGAGGGCGCACCCCACACCAGCGCCGCCAGCUCGGCCAGACGUGGGCGCAGCGUGCCGAGUGGGGAUUUGAUACAUGAUAAAUUGGUCUGCAAUGGCUGAGGUUUUAUCUAAAUAAGUCACUGAAGCCAUCCCAGAAGGUCUGCAUCCAGUUCUGGAGGCUAGAAGUUCAAGAUCAAGGUGCCAGCAGGGUUGGUUUCUGGUGCCUUUGGCAUAGUGUCUGAGACCAACUAACCCAGGAGAUCAAAAUGAUCCUCAACUCUUCCACUGAAGAGGGUAUUAAAAGAAUCCAAGAAGACUGUCCCAAAGCUGGAAGGCACAAUUACAUAUUUGUCAUGAUCCCCACUUUAUAUAGUAUUAUCUUUGUGGUGGGAAUAUUUGGAAACAGCUUGGUAGUGAUUGUCAUUUACUUUUACAUGAAACUGAAGACUGUGGCCAGUGUUUUUCUUUUGAAUUUAGCACUGGCUGACUUAUGCUUUUUACUGACUUUGCCACUAUGGGCUGUCUACACUGCUAUGGAAUACCGCUGGCCCUUUGGCAAUUACCUAUGUAAGAUCGCUUCAGCCAGCGUCAGUUUCAACCUCUAUGCCAGUGUGUUUCUACUCACAUGCCUAAGCAUUGAUCGCUACCUGGCUAUUGUUCACCCAAUGAAGUCCCGCCUUCGGCGCACAAUGCUUGUGGCCAAAGUCACUUGCAUCAUUAUUUGGCUGUUGGCUGGCUUGGCCAGUUUGCCAACUAUAAUCCACCGCAAUGUAUUUUUCAUCGAGAAUAUCAAUAUCACAGUCUGUGCUUUCCAUUAUGAAUCCCAAAAUUCAACCCUCCCCGUAGGGCUAGGCCUAACCAAGAAUAUACUGGGUUUCUUGUUUCCUUUUCUGAUCAUUCUUACAAGUUAUACUCUUAUUUGGAAGACCCUAAAGAAGGCUUAUGAAAUUCAGAAGAACAAACCAAGAAAAGAUGAUAUUUUCAAGAUAAUUUUGGCAAUUGUGCUUUUCUUUUUCUUCUCCUGGGUUCCCCACCAAAUAUUCACUUUUCUGGAUGUAUUGAUUCAGUUGGGCAUCAUACAUGACUGUAAAAUUUCAGAUAUUGUCGACACCGCCAUGCCCAUCACUAUUUGCUUAGCUUAUUUUAACAAUUGUCUGAAUCCUCUCUUUUAUGGCUUUCUGGGGAAAAAAUUUAAAAAACAUUUUCUCCAGCUUCUGAAAUACAUUCCCCCAAAGGCCAAAUCCCACUCAACCCUGUCAACAAAGAUGAGCAUGCUUUCCUACCGCCUCUCAGAAAAUGGAAGCUCAUCAACCAAAAAGCCUGCCCCAUGUACUGAGGUUGAGUGACACACUUGAAACCUGUCUGUGAAGUCAUCUUGUGGAAGACGGAGCAAGAGAAACAUUCCUCUACAACACUUCACUACCAAAAAAAGCAUGAGCUACUUUUCAGAAUUAAAGAAGAAAAUGGAUUAUGUGGACUGAACUGACUUUUCUAAAGCUCUGAACAAAAGCUUUUCUUUCCCUUUGCAACUACACAAAGCAAAGCCACAUUUUGCCACACUUUGCAUUAGAUAGAUGGUGUCCACUCAAAGAACAAUGUCAGAAUCUGGAUGAGUGUGUUGAUUUGGGAAAUUUUACUGGUAGAAGUGCCAGCUCCCCAGUCUGCUCUUGUGCUGUUAUUUUUGAUUUCCACAUAAAGGUACUUAGAAUAUGUUAAAACUUGAGAGGAGCAACAGGAGAUCAGAGCUCAAGACUGCUCUGCCCAAUUUCCAAAGGGUAGCAAAGCUUUUGUGCUUAUUUAGCUAUUAGCAACUGUGGCCCACUUGUACCUGCUACUGCACAUUUUCUACCAAGACUUGCUAAGCAGUAGCUGUCAGGUUCCAGAAGCUUAUGUGAAAUUCAACCAGUGUCUUACAGAUUCACACUGCCAAAGUAUGCCAGCUAAAUGGCUUAUUUGUAUAACGAUGUUACUAAAGUCACAUAUAAAAAUUAAACUAUUUGUAAAGGUGUUAUUCUGGUUCCAGGUAGUAGUAUCUUCCUAGUCAUAUUAGUUUUAUUUCGUAUCUGAGAAGUAUAUAUAUUUUGUGGUAAAAAGAUUAUAUAUCAUAAAAUAUGCCUUACUGUUUUAAAGAGCAUAUAUUCUACCUGUAUAUGUGUAUCUCUAAACUGUUGUUACUUUAUUAAAAUCUGGCAAAGUUAUAUUCACAUUAAAAGGUUACUGUAAUGUAUUUAAUUUUCAUUACUUAAAAUAGAUGCUGACUUAUUUUUAAAACA